UGUUCAGUCUGUCUUAUCCCAUGAAUAUGAGCACGCACACUCACAGAUUGCAGGAAAACCUCAGGAUAAUGGUGCUAGGAAUAACUUUUUUCUUUAAAAAACAGCAAAUGUGAAAUAUGAGAUUUUCCACAGUUCUUUUUUUGCUUUUACUUCACAGAUGUAUUUUCUAGAUGAAGACACUUUUUCAAGUUUCAGUAAAAUUUCUUGAUAAAGAUGCCCAGCCAAAGAAAGUAAACUCUCCUGUAGAGGAAUUUAUGUAACUGCAACAGGACAGAGACACCUUAAGCAUACAUAUACAUGCUGGAGGAAGCCGCAACAUAAGCACUUCCAACAGGACCAACUUAGGAAGUCUGAGGAUUACAGGGAGAAAAGAAGAAGGACCAUGCCAGGCUGUCAGAUCUGGACUGGGUUUGCGCCGGUACUGCUGAUCUGUUGCUUUCUGCUGUUGGCAUCUGGUUCAAGGAAUGCACGCAUGAUCAGGAAGAGGGGACUCAACCAGAAGGACUACGAGUACCCCAACCAUCCUCAGACCGCUCAGCACCAGAAGAACGACCGCUGUCCUCCGCCACCGCAGAUGCUGCCCGAGCGAGCCUGUGAGGUGCCGGGCUGCCGGUCCGAUUCUGAAUGUGAGAGACACAAACGUUGCUGUUACAACGGCUGCAUCUACGCCUGCCUGGAGUCAGUGCAACCUCCACCCGUGCUGGACUGGUUGGUGCAGCCCAAACCACGGUGGUUAGGAGGAAACGGCUGGCUUUUAGAUGGACCAGAAGAAGUUCUGCAGGCUGAGGCCUGCAGCACCACAGAGGAUGGAGAUGAGCCUUUGCUUUGCCCAACUGGUUACGAAUGCCACAUUAUUAAUCCGGGAAACCCCUCGGCUGGGAUCCCAAAUCGAGGCCAGUGCAUCAAACAGCGUGGAAACUCAGAUGGACGUAGCCUGAGACACAAGUCCUUCAAAGAUUACAAGGAUUAUUUAGGAAGUAACUCCAACAAUGCAGUGAGCUAUGAGAAACAUCAGCACAAGCAUUUGGGCUGAGACAGUUUCCAGGACUGAAGUAAUCAGUAAGCACUGACCCUUAUACCUGAACCCCAACCAUCAACUUCAACAGAACUGCACAAGCCUUUCUCUUCAGCUUAAACCAGAGAUCGGUUUAUAUGUGGUGCUCUUUUUCUUAGGUGCUUAAUGUGGAGUGACAGAAAUGCAAAGCUAAAAUGUCCUACCUCUUGUAAAAGCCAAAAACAGACUACAAAAAGUAUCAAGGAACUUCUACAAGAACAUGUCUUGAACAUAUGCGUACUUUGGGUAAAAAGCAGAGUUAACUCUAUGUGAUUUGUGUUAAAAAAAGAUAUGUUGUGUGGUUUCUAUGCUGCUAGUCUUUUUUUACUUUAAACACCAAAACAGCUAAUGUAUGCUCUGCUCUGUUACUAUGUCUGUGGAUUUAACUUUUGCUACAGAAAUGCUUAAAUACUACACGAUUAGGUUUCUCCUUCAAAGUUUUAUAUUUGUUCAAAAAUCAUGUGUUUAGGUGCUUGCCGCAACUAGUUCAUCAUAACUAAGCAACUGUUCAUUUCCAGCUGUGCUCUAUCACUGCAAGCUAAUUGUUUCUCAUAUGGUGCUCCAAUCAAUAACUGUGGUUGUUGUUGUUUACUCAUUGUGCAGGUUUGUGUUUUACUCUACUGCUCUCUGAUAAGCUAUACAAGUCCGACGAUUGGGACAAACCACAGCUUUCGAUAAAGCAAAACAUUUGAAACUGGUGCUGCAUUACUGCCUUGUAAUUCCAAA